CUUGCCUUUUCUUCGGUGGCCGCUACGAGAUGGAAUCCAUUUCCCGCCCAACCCUCACAGCGCACGCAACCUCCCUCAUCUGCGCAGACACUGACCUCCGCGGACCCAUCUCCGUCGGGCCCAACGUCAUUAUCCACCCUCGCGCUACCAUCUACGCUGCUGCCGGGCCAAUCAUGUUAGGGGAAGGGUGUAUCGUAGAGGAGGGGUGUAUCAUAGUGAACAGGAAGAAGGACACAAUGAAGAUAGGAGAGAACAACCACUUUAUGGUAGGCUGCCGAAUAGAGUCGCCAUCCAUAGGUAACAACAAUAUCUUCCAACCGAAGAGUACGGCGUCUGGAGGUGUCAUCGUGACGGACAACUGUAUUAUCAGCGCAGGCACUAUUCUCUUACCGUCUCCUACCGGUACCGAUCAAGAACCAGAAACGCUUCCUCCUUACACUGUCAUAUAUGGUGCAGAUUCUUCAAGACGGACAUGGGAUGGGAGCGGGCACGUCGCUGAGAUGGCGCUAAGGAGUAAGCAGGCAGAGUAUCUGAGGGAGAUAAUGCCAAAAUUCAAUCGUUUACGCCCUACAACAUAGACGGAGAUGUAGCAUAUGCAUUUUAUGCGAUACCGAUACCCAGUAUGGUGGUUGUGACAAGGCAAAGUGCUAUUUACUGUACAGAGGGGGAAGGCCUUGAAGAAGCUAUUUCAGGUGUGACGUCCCUAGAUAUACUGGAUAAUUGUCGCCAAAAUUGUGACGGGAUCCCAUCCGUUGCAGAGCUCUCAAUCUAUAGCGUGGUUGUCAGUUUUGGAUUGACAAUGAUCUGCGGGUCAAAAUGACGCACCUCAGAAUAAGCAAUCGUCCUGCCAUUCAACUCUGUAGCCUUCACACUUCUGAUCACAACCCCUUCCUCAAUUUGGGUUACCUCUUCAAUGUACUCG